GCUGAAAUCCAAUGAGCUCUACAAAUGUAACAUGCUGGGGUUCAUUUCAUCACAGAUAUCUAGGAAAAGCGAACACACAAUGUUCAUUUGACGGGAUCAUUUCCUGAACAUGAUGUGAGCUGCGCUGUCUCCAGGUCACUUUCCAGUGUGUCACAUCCUUCUGGACGAGGGGGGCAGGAAAUGGCAAACUCCCACUAUGAGGCAAAGCAUUCCCACUGCAGCAAUUGGUUCGUGGGAACUAUAAAUUGGGUUAAUCCAGAAACAGCAUAAAAUUUGUCCUUGGUGAGAUUGGCUGGAAACGAAAGGGCCAUGGAGAGAGAUGCUAUAACCUUUCCUCCAGCACUGGACCCUACACGCCACUUCCAAAUGCUGCUGCUGAAUCAGAGAAGCAAGCUGCAUGGCCAGAUCAGGAAGCUUCGCGAGAUUGCACGAAACAUCAACAAGCUGCGCAGGCGAUCCCUGAUUGCAAACAUCACUGGGAGUUCCCUGAGUGCAGUAGGAGCAAUCACAGCCAUCGUAGGGCUCUCCUUGAGCCCUGCCACUUUAGGGGCAUCUCUCCUGGCUUCUGCCGUGGGCCUGGGCGUAGCCUCUGCCGGAGGGGCUGUCAAUGUCACUUCCGAUCUCUCCUUAGUGCUCUCUAACUCCAGGGAACUGAGAAGGGUGCAGGAGAUUGCAGUGAACUGUCAGAACCAGAUGAGGGAAAUCCUGAGCUGCCUAGAAUUCCUCCACCGUGGACAGGGCCCAAUGGACCCCCUGUUGCUCCAGUCAGAGAAAAACGCUUCCAUCUCGCUGUACAAUUCCAUCUGCUUCAUGGUAUUCUACGGUUCGCGCAACUUUCUUGUGCCAGAGUACACGAGGGAGGUCACAAAGGUGAGCCAAGCUGUGCUAAAGGCAAAAAUCCAGAAACUGGCUGAAAACCUUGAGUCCUGCAUCAGAGCAAUGGAUGAAGUCUGUGAACUCUUAGAAUCCAGAGCAGAACUUUCCUCCAACACAAGAAACCCCAGCUCAAGUGCCAGGAUCACUGUCAAACCCCAGGGAUCAUCCAACUGAAACAGCCAAAACCAAAAGUGUGGUUAGAGAUACCGUAUUAGUCACUAUUUUUAUUACUGCUGUUAUUUUUACAAGCAUUUGUGGCACCCAUCCCCACAGCUGAGAACAAGUUACAAGGUUCUGAUUUAAAUAUGACAGCAAGCAUGUCUCUAAAAGGGAGCUGAUGCUUUUACCUCCUUGCAGCACUGAACUAAAAUCUGAGGUUAUGAUGGAGAUCUAGCCUGUAGGGUAAAUGACAAGAACGACUCCAGAGCCUACAUUUAGUGGAAGACCAGUAGGGUAAAUGCUGGAUUAAAGGCUAAUCUGCCCACAUUUCCUUGGCUCCCAUCUGGUGCUGCUCCAUGAUGGCAGAGAGGAAUGGGUCUGGAGUCAGAUCAAAAGGCUCCUUGCCUGGUCUUGCUCCCUUGUUGUAAAUAACCUGUGAAUUCUUCUUCUCAUAGAGGUAAAGGGAGUGAGAUCUAUUGAUAUAUCCAGCACUCACAAAUUUCCUACUAAAGCAGCCAGAGAUGUGACAAACCAUAUCCACUAGAUGGCAGUACAGCACACAUAAUAUCUCAGCAGGCGCUAUGCACCAAAAACUAUUCUUUCCCUUUUAAAGAGAUAUUUUCUUUGCCACGUGCUGUGGGACAAAGUGGAAAUUGUGAUAUAUUUUUUCCUAUUUAUUUAUAUAGAGUUAUUUUAAGCCUUUAGAAUUGUAUUUAAAGAAGAAAAAAUGUUUAAGAAUGUUAAAAAGAAUGGCUUCCAACCCAGAGGGAUUCAGAGUAGCAGCCGUGUUAGUCUGUAUCCGCAGACUUCCAGAGGGAAGUCUUCCACAGGGCAAAUAUCUGAUGGAAAGUCUCCUAUUGACUCACCAGCCAGCCCAACACCCUAUCAACAAAGGAAGAGAACUGUCUGAAUUCAAAUAGGCACAAAGCAUGUAGAUUGCAGGAAACCAAGUACAGCUCUCGGGAUGGGAGGGGGAAAAAGUGGAAAUGGGGAACAAAUCCCUGAACAGGAGGGCUCGCCUCUUGAAAUAUGUAGAGGAGAGUGACAGUUCCUCAUGCAAAAAGGAUGUUCCAGUUGUAAGAUGUGGCAGGGGAUUCGAUAGCUAGAGAUGUCAAUAGUUAGGUGUCUUGGGGUAUCAGUGUGAAGGUGGCAGGUCUCAUGAGACAGCAAUACACUGUUAGCGAGUGCUGUGGAGGAUUCUGCGGUUGGGAUAUAUAUUGGUACUCAUGAAAGAGAGUGAUGUAGAAGAGAUGGGUGGUCCAGUGGUUAGGGCACUAGCCUAGCACUUAGGAGACCCUGCUCUGCCCCAGACUUCUUGUGUGACGUUGGGCAAGUCACUUGGCCCCUCUGUGCCUCCUUCCCCAUCUGCAAAAUGGGGAUAAUAGCACUUCCUUAUCCCCCAGGGGUAUUGGGAACUCAAUACUUUGCAUAUUGUGAAGUGCUUACACAUUGUGGGGAGAGGGGGGCAUAUAAGUAGCUAAGAUAACUGUAGGAGAGAGGACUUGGAAGCUAGCUUUAGAUUAGUAGGGAAAAGGCUUAGGUCUAGGUACAUUUUCAGUCCCACAUGCAGAACAAACUAUACACAAGGAACUUCGGAAUCUCAGUGUAGGGAUGAAAAAAUGACCUAAAGAGGAGGAUUUAAAUGUAUGAAGCACUGAGGAAACUCUUGGUGGGGGAAAAGCCAAGCCAGAGUAGCAAAGUUUGAAGUCUUGUUCUUGUUUUAUGCCCCUCCCAUGUUCUGGGAACAUGUGGUUUUAUGUACUUUAAAAAACCAAAAGCAGUUGUCACUGAGAGCAUCUCACAUCCGAGAAUGAUUGCCACAUAUGAGUAAUGACUCUGAUGUGACGCUGAUUCAAUGAAAUGAAUCUGAAGCUAUUUUGUGUCAGUGUAUAUGUAUUUCUGUAUGUGUGUGAUCUCUGAUAUUCUACCACAUCCAUACCCCAGUGCUGGGUCCCUGCUACCUUUCUGGCUACCAGACGCUGUAAAUAAAGACCCAGUACUAGCAGUGUUGUGUAUAUUUGGUGUGAGAGGAGUGACGGGCGGGCGUAUUGUAUGCGUAUGUGAUCUCAAACAUCAGUCCCGCAUAUCCAUACCAUAUAAGUAAUGGGUGUAUAAGUCUGUGCACAUCUCCACUUGUGUGAGUACGUGAGUGCUGUUUGCGCAUGUCUCUGAGUGCAUGAAAAUGGCCCUGUGGAUUGCAUGUGAGCGAAAGUGUUUUAUCUUGGUGUGAGUGCAGACAUAUUGCGUGAUCUCUAUAAACAUUGCUCUAGCAACGCAAUACCCCACAACUAACUCCUGGCCAGCUAAGGACAGCC